CUUCUAUAGUGCCGCCAGAGCUAACCACUGUGUGCAAUGCCGUCUUAGCAAGUCAACGGCAAGAAAUCAGUCGAAGAAGAAGAAGAAGAAUAGCGUUCAAAAUGGCAGCAGCUUACGCAGCUCUAUUAUCUCUUACAAACACCAUCACUCUCGAGCAGACUCCACGCCACCCUCAGAUCUCCAUCGACGACGAUGGAGGCCUCAUCGAAGCUCUCCAAGAAAGAGUCGAUUUCUUUGUCGGAUUCCUCGAAAGUGGGCCGAAGAAGGGAGCCGAUCAUUUCGAGAAUCAGAUUGCCGAAGCAGCAUAUGCAGCAGAAGACGCCAUCGAAUCCUACAUGGUCGAUCGAGUUCUUUCUGGAGAUCAUAUCUCUGCAGGAGACUACGAGUCAGCUAUCUUAUGCCAAAAUUUGAGUACAGUAAUACAAGAGAUGGAUUCGAUCAAGAAUGAGUUGGAGCUGCAGAUUAAUAAACUGGAUGACCAAGAAGGGAGUUCAUCACGUGCUCGGCACGGACAGAAGAUCGAAAUUGAAGAUCUGCAUCCUGGCAGCUCCAUGUCUACUAUUUCAUCAAGUAAAAUGGUGGGAUUUGAGGAUGAAAAAGCUCGAGUCAUGAUCAUGCUUACAGCAUUCGAUUCGAAGCCUUCGCGGACCGUUGUCCCUAUAGUUGGGAUGGGCGGAGUUGGUAAGACUACGCUUGCUAGAAACAUCUUUCAAGAUCACCUUAUCGUAGAACAUUUUGAUGUUCGUGCGUGGGUUACGGUGUCUCAAGAGUAUAAUGUUGACGAAGUUCUUAAAAGAGUCCUUUCGAGUAUAAAAAAAAACCAUGAAGAAAAUGAAAAUUUAGGGGAACAAGUGCACAAGAGUUUGUUCGGUAGAAGAUAUUUAAUUGUGCUCGAUGAUAUGUGGAGUAUCAAUGUUUGGAAUAUCGUACAACGCUUAUUCCCGGAUUGUUGUGAUGGAAGUCGAAUUUUGGUGACAUCUAGGCUUUCUAAACUUGUGGAUGAAUUAAGCACUUGUAAAGUUGAGAUGAAGAACCUAGAUGGAGAGGAUAGUUGGAGUUUACUUCGAGAAAAUGUUUUUGGCCAAACUAGUUGUCCUCUUGAAUUACUAGAUGUCGGAAAGAAGAUUGCACGAAAUUGCAGAGGACUUCCUCUGGCGAUUGUUGUUGUUGGAGGACUUCUUGCGAAGUUCGACAAAACUAUAGAAUAUUGGGCGCAUGUUGCUGAACUAUCGAGCUUUUCCGCGUAUGUAGAGGAUGAUGAACAUUGUGCAAAAAUACUAUCUUUGAGUUACAAUCACUUGCCUAUUCAUUUGAAACCGUGCUUUCUUUAUAUGGGAGUAUUUCCCGAAGAUUACAAGAUUCGUGUAUCUAAGCUCGUAAAUGUGUGGAUCGCGGAGGGUUUUUUGAAGCCGGUCCGAGGAAUGAAGCUUGAAGAAAUAGCUGAGAAAUAUUUGUUAGAUCUUAUUGAUCGAAAUCUUAUAAUGGUUCAUGAAUGGGGAUCUCGUGGGAAAGUAAAAUCUUGCGGCGUUCAUGAUCUUUUGAGGGAGCUCACUUUGCGGGAAGCUCAAAAACGGAACUUUCUUUGUGUCGUAAGAGCGAAUAGCUCUGACAAUCCACCAAACAUGACAAGCCAACGUCGCAUUUCUAUUAGGCUGAACAAGAAAGAAUUUCCAUGGAAUAUUAAUUCCUUGCUAUUGAAAUCACAUCCUCGGUCUCUCAUUGUAAGUGACUACAAGGUAUUAUCCAUGAUCUUGAGAUCCAAUACUUUCGAGUACUUGCAAUCAGAAUCAUUUUACUCUUUGUCCGAGCUACGAACAAAUAAGAAGUUGUCGAGAAUCUUGAGGUCCCUUAUUUUCGGACUGUUGAGGGUAAUAUUUGUGAUCGAUGAAAGUUUCAAUUUGAGGCUUGAGUGCGACUUACAUGUUUUGUUUAGUCUUGUUAACUUGAGGUACAUUGAUUGUGUCGGGAAAAGAAGGUUACCUCAAACAUUGGCUUCUUCGUUCGACCUCAUGAGGAAUCUACAAGUUCUCAUUGUGAAGAAUAUCGAAUAUCAAUGCGAUGAACUAUCUAGCAUUUGGACCUCGCCUCAAAUUCAUCAUGUAAGAAUUGAGAAAACUUCUGUCCCUGAACGUCCGCUCGAUGAACAGAGACAACAUCCUUCGAUUGUCCUUGAGAAUUUGUGGACACUAAAGGGAUUGAAGAACUUCAGAUUCGACGAAGGGGUUGUGAAGAAAAUUCGCGAUAUAAACAAAAUGAAUGUUACUUACGUUACAAGGAAUGAAAACUGGUCUCAGUAUAGUCUCCAUAAUCUUGGCUGUUUGCAGAAGCUCGAAUCGUUGUAUUGCUCUUUCUACGGUCCUAGGAAGAAUCUAAAGAGGCUGCUACAGAAUAUAUCCUUUCCCCAUUCCCUCAAGAAGCUGUCCUUAUAUCGCUGCGCAUUUUGGGAAAAUAUGACCGCGAUCGGUUCAUUACCAAAGCUUCAAGUGCUCAAAUUGCAAUAUUGUUACUUCGAUGGAGCUGAAUGGAGUCCUGUCGAGGGGGAAUUUCUUAGCUUGAAAUACCUGUACCUGAAACAGGUUAAUCUAGCAAACUGGAAUGCGGAUAGCGCGAAUUUCCCACGUCUCGAACAACUUUUGCUUCAUGAACUAACAAGCCUAAAUGAAAUACCUUUGGAUAUUGGAGAAAUUGCGACGCUAAAGUUGAUUCAGUUGGAGUAUUGCUCCAAGUCCGCCGCCUUUUCAGCUCAAAACAUAUUAGAGGAACAGGAAAGCCUCGGCAAUGAUGGACUUGUUGUUAAAAUUUUGGACUAACGAUUAUAAUCUCAUGGCCAAGCAAAAGUUCCUCGCCGAAACAGAGUAAGAAAAUGUGUUUAAUUUCAAAAAGUUGGACAAGGAGAUAUAUAUAUAUAUAUAUAUAUGUGCGUGUGUUUGCUCGAUAUUAUUUCAAUUAUUACCACCAGUUAUUGCAAUUUUCUCU